GGGGCUAUAUAGGUAGUGUGAUCAAACUGUCAGACUUCUGGACAAGUGAGAGACUGCUGUAUGGGAGGAAUCAGCUGACAAGGUGAUGAUAUCUCAUAUGUACUGAGUGAGAAAGUGUGGAGAUGUAGAGAUUCGUGUGUAGCUCCUCAUCUCUAGCCGGCUCUGUACACACAGUGUGGGGAGCUGUAGGUAGAGGAGGAGGUCUUACCUCCUGUAUACAUACCUGACUGGUGUUUCGGGUUUAUGAAGGGUGGCUCUUCAAUGCAAGUGAUCUAACAAGGCUAACUAUCCACUUGUUCAGCUUAACCUAAGCAAUGAGAUAAUCGUGUUUUCUCGUUUUCGUGAUGAAGUCAGUAAUUCCGUUGGAAAUUAUGUCUAAGUGUUGGUAAUGAUGUGCUGGUGUUUGGAGUAGUGGAGAUGUAACUGAGAAACUGUGACAAUCCUGCCAGGACUGAAGACAGAAGUUAUGUGACAAGCGUCAACACAUUGUUUUACUUAGAUGAAGUAGCGAGUGGCGUGGAAUUUGAGUGUUUUGCCAUGUCGGUGUAUAAUAGACAUGCCCCAGGCACUUUGAGAAAAUACAUAUUUUUUUGAGUGAUUUAACAGGUAGCUGGUUACAUAGGCCUAAAUCCUGAGGCUAUAUGUACUUACCACACAGAUUUACAUCAUAACAGGAUCUGACAAUAAAAUUUGUUUGGUGUCUGAAUGAAAUUGCUCAGGCACAAUAGACCAUGAGAAAUAUGUGUCUUUAUUUAUUAUUGGGCUGUGACACUUCAUAGUCAUUUGUAUUGGUGUGAACCUUUAAAAAUUUAAAUCAUAUUGAACUUAGACUUUGGAAUGUUUUGGAGGAGAGGUCAGAUCACCUUUUAAAUUGUAUAUUGAUUUUUCCAGUAUUCCGGGUAAUUAAUUCUUUAUGGUGUAGAGUAGAGCGUUACAUGGAUAUUUAUAAUUUACCUGUACACGGUAAAACAAACAGGAUUGGAGAGGAUUUUCAACAUUCAUUGAACAGAUAUGCGUGUCCCUGUUUGAAGAAAUGUCACAGAUGAUUUGUUUGCCUAUGGAGAUGAAUGGCAUGUUUGAGUGUAGGCCGUGUGGCUGAUUGCAGUGUUAUGCUGAAGGAGCACACAUACACACGGACACAUACUCUUCUCGGGUCAAUAGCGGUGUGUGAUAACCUACCUGUCUACCAGGUAAUUCCCCCCUGGGAUAGAGGGGUUUGUUCCCAGGUAAGAGUCAAGCGCUCGGACAGAUUGGGUUAGAAAGUCGUCAGAAUGUGGAAGGGACAGGGAGAUUAACGCUUAGUGUGAUUUAUUGAUGUGAGUGGCGUAUUGGCAAGUUAGUCGUUCUAGCUAUUGUGUUUUCAUGGAUAAUUUCACCUGAUUUUUGUCUGUAAUUAUUUUAUCACACUUUUGGAUUGGAAGUCUUGGCUGUGAAGUAUACAGCACAUUCCCUUAAGCACAAGGAAAGCUUAAAAGUGCAGUUCUCGUGUGUCUGUGACAACGUAAAUGAUAUCUGCUGUGUUAAGCUGCUCAGGUGUUUUAUCUCGUUAAUUAUCCGAUUCUCACCUUACUGGAGCACAAAUGAGAUAAAGUUAUUUCCUAACUACACCAGGAGGAUGUUGUGAGAGAUUGUGACGUCCAAGCGUCCGGAGACUAGUGUACUUUAUCUGUGGGAUGCCGUCAUAUCUUGUGUUUCCAGAAAUCAAGUGGACAGUCACAAAGCUGACAUUCCAAACUUAUGCCUAUUGCACUACACAUUCACCGUGUUCAUGACGGGGAAGUGUGGUCUUUUUCAUUCAUGACAACUUGAGUAACACUGCCUUUUAUGAUGGGCGUGUGAUCAGGAUGUUUGUUAUAUGUUGACAAUAAGACUAUUGUAUGGUGGUCUUCUGCAUUUGUACAUGAUGAUCACAAUCGGUGAAACAUCCACAUCAGGAGCAUGACAGAAAAUGUAUUAAAACCUGUUUAGGAAUAGUGAGGUCCCUCACCAUGAUUCUGCCGUAGUUUGGCCUGGGAAGUAAUCAGUGAAAUUCCUCUCUCUGGAUGAAGGAUAAAAUGCCGGGUAAGGGCAAGAAGAAGGUGGGAUUUGCGGAAGACCUUCCAGAUAGUUCAGAAUCUGGGGGUCGUGAAAGUCGGAGCCGAUCACGCUCUCGAUUCCGAGUCCGCAGGUCCAAGUCUCAUGAUGUUAAAUCAACAACUCCAAAGGAAACUAUUCCCCGAAAGCGGGAGCAUAGUUUGGUGGCUCUGGUACGAACGGGGUCCAGGAACUCAGUACGACACUUGGUGAAGAUGUUUGAGACCAAAACGUACACGAUGAAUGAAGGCAGAAAAAGUCAAAUUGUACUGCCAGAUGAAAGGAUAUUGGACAUUUUGAUACAGCCAAAAUUGAACACAAAAGACUUGUUAGAUCUGGUAGCAUCACAUUUUAAGCUAAAAGAAAAGGAUUAUUUUGGGAUUUAUUUUCUCGAUGAAACAUCCCGAGGGAACCAUAACUGGCUCAACCCUGAUAAGCGAGUACUGGAGCACGACUUCCCAAGAAAAAUCAACAUAUUAGUUCUAUUUUUUGCAGUUCGGAAUUAUGUUGAAACCAUUGCCAAUCUUCGGGAUGCAGCUACAGUAGAAUUAUUUUACCUCAAUGCGAAACAAGCUAUAUUUACGGACCAGAUUCAGUGUGACAGUGAGACCGUGUUUGAGUUAGCAGCCUAUGUAUUACAGGCUAAUUAUGGAGACUAUGUAGAUGAUGCCACCACGCGCGAUGACCUUAGAAAACUGCCUGUGAUACCUACCAGUGCCUUGAAGGAGCAUCCUUCCAUAGCUUACUGUGAGGAGCGAGUGAUAGAAUACUACAGGAAGCUCGCCACCACCUCCAGGGGCUUGUCUAUUGUCAAUUAUAUGAGCAUUGUGGAAGCACUGCCAACAUAUGGAAUACACUACUAUGAAGUAAAGGAUAAGAAGGAGAUUCCUUGGUGGUUAGGAGCAAGCCACAAGGGUAUUUCAGUGUACGACAAGACCGACAAAACCACCCCUAGGAAGAUAUUUACGUGGAAACUUUUAGAAAAUCUAUACUACAGAGAUAAGAAAUUUUCGAUUGAAGUCCAUGACCCAAAACGCAUUAUACAUACGCUCAGCAGCUUUAAUCUCUAUGAGGACGCCAUUAGAGAGCCACCCGAGGAAUUUGAUGACCUUUCCAACGCCAUUUCUGACCCCACAACUCAGGUGUCAGUGAGCCGGCGGACGUUUGGUCCAGGGAAUGUUGUUGUCCAUGCUUGGUUCGGUGCAACACCACAAUUGACAAAAUGUGUCUGGUCUAUGGCCGUAGCACAGCACCAAUUCUAUCUCGACCGUAAACACAGCAAGGUUAACCUUCCUUGUUUGCGGAGUGUCAACGAAAUUGCUGCCGAGUUGUCACGGAGUACGACAUCCUUAGGGUCCUUAGGGUCGGACGGGAUCAGCCGUAGCGGCAGCUCAGCCAGUUUACCUAGUCUAUCCACUUCAAGAUUUGACUUGAACAUCCCAGAGCACAUAGACGCCCUGAAGGCCCAGAGGGAGAUGUACCAGGCAUUGAAAGCCCGCCGCGAGGCUCUCGAGGAAUCCCUCCGUAAGCGCACUGAAGAACUCAAGCUUCUCUGCAUCAAAGAAGGGGAAUUAACUGGUAAGCUUCCGAUAGAGACCCCUCUAGCCCCUGGAGAGCAGCCUCCACAGAUUCGCCGACGUGUUGGAACAGCCUUCUCCUUGUCAACUAAGAAGGACGAUGAUGACCAGGUGUCCAACAUUGAGUUGGAGUACGAGCUCCAGAAACAGAUCACCAGUGCUGCCCACAAGCUGUCCCAGGACAAGAGUGUCAGCAAGUAUGUCAGGAAACAGCGUCGCCAGUCCUUCCAUCGAGCCCAGACAAAGCUCAAGGAGAUGGAGAAGAAGUUACAUGACUCUCAGCGUGAGGCUGGUCUGGCCGAGCUGACCCCCACAACACCAUCAUAUGAUGAUAUAUUAGACAGCCCAACCAAGUCACCACAACAGCAGCAUCGCCAGCAUGAUUACGAUCGUGAGGGAGAUUUGGACUUUCCUCCUAUGAUGCAGAGAUCGGCCACAGCCAGAGAACUGUCCCCAACACAAAGCUCGCCGGCACAACUUAGUCCAACUCUCAGCAGCCCCCAGCUGUGUGGCGAGGGCCGCAGCCAGUACAACAAAAAGGUGUAUUCCCCGGUACUGGCCAACCGCUCACAGUCCUCAGGAAGCAACAUGUCAAACCAGUCAGAGUAUGAAAAUGUGCGUGGCUACAAUCGCUACGACAGUCAGGACAGCGGCUUCAGCUCGGCAAACAACAUGUACAACCUCAUGACACAACGCACAUCACACUAUGACAGUAAUGACGAGAUCAAGACUCCCACCAACAAGGAGCCACAUCCAGAUACAGACAGUGCGUUCAGUAAUGACCGAAUUGGUCAAUCCAAACAUGGCAGUUUGGAUGGUAGCUACAGAAAAUCAUUGACUUCUCAACAAAGUUAUGGAAGCUUAGAACGAAAUUCCAAAAAACGGGAUCAGCAUCCUGGUAGUCGACCACGGGAUCGACAGCAUAGUGAUAGUGACACUAAUAUCCCAGUUCCAGAUCUAGAACCUUCUAAAUAUGGGAGUAAACGAUCCUCACAAUCGGAGUAUGAUGUGAGCACAUCCCGAAACAGUGUCGUUGAGGUGCCGGUAAAACAUGAGGAUUAUCACUCGACGUCAGUGCAACCAGAACAUCACACAAAUAGUUGGCAGGACACAGCACAAACAGAGCCAUCUCCCAUUGUGCAAAGUCCUCAACAUUUGCGACAGGACGGUAAAGACAGUGUGUAUUCAGGACAGUGUUAUAGCCCUCGUAUGUAUGAGGGCUCAUUCCAAAGUCAUAGUGACGUACAGUCAGCCGACCAGGCAGGUACAGCUUCGACCAAGAGGACAGAAUCUCACCAACACAAGAAACAUCCAAGUGCUUUAGUGACAGUGACCAAGUUACAGCCCCACCAGAGUGUGGAGUUGGUGUCGAAACCAUUUGAAAUGUCCGACUUCUAUAAGUACAGUGAAAAGAUCCGGCGACAACGGAUGAUAGAACAGUACCAGCAGCAGCUGAUGGGGGGAUCGCGGUGCUCCACACCCUCCCAGCACUCGUCAGAUUCGGGGGAAACCUCUAACUCCGGCCCUACCUCAUACCGUCACCCUCAUUUUGUACAGGGCUCAUCAGGGCAGGGUUCCCCCUCACAGAGCCCCUUCAGGGCAGGCCCCCCAACAAACUUUCCAACGAGUAGUCGGCAAAUGUCUCCCUACCUUGCCCACAAGCGAGAGGGAUACGACCAGUCAUCACCGUUUCCUAGUCAUGCUUCACCAAAGCUAGUUAAAGAACAUAGUACUCAUGUGCAAUAUACAGUGCAGACUGCGACAGGAGGACGUAUUUAUAAGUCUGUACAGACAACCACACACACUCAGUACAAACCUUUAACGCCUCAAAAGUGUGACCCUGUGAGGAAUCAGACAGCCACUCCUGUGACCUCCGCACCAUCCACACGCACACCCAGUGCAAGACAUAGAGAGGUGAAAGACAAACGGGACCAGAAAAAACAGCGAAACAUCCGUGAUUACAGAGAUCAUCAUCGGCGGAGCCAUGUUGAACAACCAGUCUCCUGCCUGGAUACAACAUUCUCAGCUUUAGAGCCCAUGGACAAUGUAGCGGAUGAUUUCAGCGAAGAAAUGAUGGCCUGGUAUGACGAUAGCAGUAAUGUGGGAAAGAAACCGUCCUAUGUAUGAUAAUAAUGUGUAAACUAGUAGAGUGCUAUAUAUAGUCAGGUACAAAUUUUAAAAAAAAUGAUCUCUUAGACUUUUGUUUUCCUAAAAUAUUUUUAUUUUCAUG